AUGGAGACUUCCACCCCCACCACUCCCACCGUGUGCAUCAAUUUCAUGGGCGCGCCCGGCGUCGGCAAGACCACCAUGGCCGCCCGCGUCUUCUCGGAGCUCAAACUUCGCGGCCACACGGCCGAGUGGGUCGGCGAGUACGCCAAGAAACUUGUGUACCUCAAGCGCUUCGAGGAGCUCAACAACCAGUACAUGGUCUCGUCCAAGCAGGCCGACCUCUUUGACGCGCUCAAGGGCUGCGUCAAGUUCAUCGUGACCGACGGCGCUCUCGCGCACGGCCUCUACUACAACCGCUUCAACCCAGACAACACCUCGGACGUGACCAAGACCCACGCCGCCAUCAUGCGCCGCUACUCCAACCACACCAACAUCAACAUCCUCCUCGAACGCGGCGACUUCCCCUACGAGACCACGGGGCGCUACCAGAGCGAAGCAGAGGCGAGGGCCAUGGACAACAAACUCAAGGCCUACCUGGCAACAGAGUGCGGGCUCGAGCUCCACACCUUCAAAUCCGAUAUGAAAGCCGUGAGCGAUAUUGUCACGCACAUCGAGCAACUUUGCUGCUGCACUAGUGCCCACACGCCAUCAUAA